AAAGAGAAGAUAGUAUUUUAUUAAUCAAUAGGAUAUUUAUGAUGCUUCUCUAAAGUCUAUACUUAUAAACAUAGAAAAUAUAAAGUAUAUAAAAUUUUACUACUAAUAAAGAGUUAUUUUAUUAAUAUGUAAAAAGAAAAGAAAAGUUGUAAAUAAUUUUAAUUGAAUUUAAAUAAUAAUAGCAGCAUAGAUAAAACAUAUAAUUAGAGCAACUUAUUAAGCCCUCCAAUUUUUUUCAAAAUCAAUUUAGUUUUCAACUAAUUUUUCACCUCUUUUAACCCUUAAACUUGUAAUUUUGUCAAAUCACCCAAAAUGGAUGAAAAAAGCUAGUUUGUUAACUUUGUUGAUUGCAUACAAGUGGAUUGAUACGUGAAUGAUAUGUCGACAUUUAAUUAAUUUUUAAAAUUUUAAAAAUAUUAAAUAUAUAUUUUAUAGUUUUGAAAUAUUUUUAAAAAUACUUAAUAUAAUUAAUAUUCUUUUAGAAAUUUUAAAAAAUUAGAAAUUUUAAAAAAUAAUUAAAUGUUGAUUGAAGUAACAAUCCACGCAUUAAUAAAGUUAAAAAAAGUUCGGAUGAUAAUUUCUUAAAUUCCAGGUUAGGAAAUUCUAGUUCGUAUGUAUGGAAAAGUAUUUGGGCAGCAAAGGACUUAAUGAAAAAAGGGCAUUGUUGGAGGGUGGGGACGGGUACUAAUAUUUGCAUAAGCGAUGCUUGGAUUCCAGAUUCUGUUAAUUUUAGAUUAUCAUCAGAUAUUAAUUUUUUGCGUGAUGUUAAAGUUGGCGAGUUGAUUGAUAAUAAUACCAGAAGUUGGAAAAAAGAGUUGAUUACUAGUACCUUCCUGGAAGACGACGCAGCUAGAAUCCUCAGAAUCCCUCUGGCACAAACACCGCAUGAUGAUUUUCUUAUCUGGGGAGGCGAAAGGUCGGGUGAGUUUACGGUCAGAAGUGUCUAUCAAUUAUUACAAAAAUUGACUGACAAUCCUAGAGCUUAUGCUUUACAGACCAUCUAUGGGAAUUUUUAUAAAAACUAUGGUGCCUGAAUCUACCAGCUAAAAUUAAGGUUACAAUAUGGAAGCUAUCUUGGAAUUAUCUGCCUACAAAGGUGAAUCUUCAACAUCGGAAGUUAGUAGUAAAUCCGAGCUGUCCCCGAUGUGGAGAAGAAGCUGAAACAAUGAACCACUUAUUUCGUUACUGUCAUGUUACAAGGGAGGUAUGGAGAUCAUUAUCGUUUCAGUGCAUUUUAAGGAAUCAUUGUGAAGAUUUUGUACAGUGGAUUACCUGGGCAAUAGAGCAGCUCAACCUUGAUCAAAGUCGCGUAUUUUGUUGUGCACUCUCGGCAAUAUGGGGCGACAGAAACAAAAGAAUACAUGAAGGUAAAAUUAGAAAGGGGACGGAAGUUGCAAAUCUUAUAAUCAGUUACAUCAAAGAAAUUGAUAGUCUUGAGAAGAGAGAUCUGAACCGUGCCUUAGAGAAAAAGAGAUGGUCGCCACCACAGGAAAGUUUCAUGAAGAUCAACUUUGAUGGCGCAUACGAUAAAGGAAAGAAUCAGUCGGGUGUGGGUAUUGUGGCCAGAGAUUCGAAUGGUACUAUUCUUUUUUCAUACUCAGAGAUUCAUUUUGGUAUUCCAUCAGCCUUUGCUGCUGAAGCAAUUGCCUGCCGGAAAGGCGUUCAAAUGGGAAUCAGGAGGGGAUGGCGACAUUUGAUCCUUGAAGGAGACUCCCUCACAAUAGUCAAAAAAUGUAAAUCGAAGAGUCAAGAUAGAUCUAUGGUGGGAGUAUACAUUUUUGACAUUCAACAGGAAAUCUAUGGACUUGAAAACAUCAGAUUUCAGUAUAUACCUAGAUCCGCAAAUGGUCUUGCUCAUAUCAUAGCAACAGAAUCAUUGAGAAGAGGAGAAGAGUUUUACCUGGAUAGGGGAGUUCCAGAUUAUGCCAUGGAUCAAGCUCGGCUGGAUGGGAGAAGUGAAGAAGAAGUCUCCAGAGAAGAAAAAUGACGAAUGAAAGGCUUUGAACAAGAAAAUGAAACGGACUGAUUUCUUUUGGCUUACCUUGGAAAUGAAAUCGUCAUUAUGAAAGGAGAUGACAGAAAAGACUGAAGACGGUUUCCCACGCUUCUUCUGAUUGGGCAAUGGGUCGGUGCUUUAAUGACCGAUUCUAGAACAUUCAUUAUAAAUAUCUAGAUUUUAUUUUGGUUAAGGCCAUCUGAUUUGGGCCGUGUUGGGUUUUAGGUUCUUUUAUCUUAUUUUUGUUUAUUUGGUUU